AUGGAUCCAUUCUCAGCCGAGGGAGGUGAGCAUCUAAUCAAUUCAGAAGAGUCUGUUCGUAAGGUUUCCAGGCUAACGCGUUCCGUGACAUGGCCGCCCGCAGAGCUCGUCAACAUCCACAACGCCUUCCACCAGGGCCAAUACCAGCAUGUGAUCGACUUCGACACCUCGUCCUUCUCGCCCGAGAACGCGCUGCCGGCCCGCGUGCUGCAGCUGCGCGCCAAGAUCGCCCUGGGCCAGACGGCCGACGUGCUGGCUGACGUUGCGGAUGAUGACACCCCGGACCUGGCGGCCGUCAAGGCCCUCGCGCUGCACACAAAGGGCGACCGGGAAGCGGCACUGACGGCCGCGCAGACACUGGCCGAGAAAGCGUCGGACAAUGCGACGGUGCAGGUGCUGUGCGGGGCGGUGCUGCACGCGCAGGGCAAGACGGACGAGGCGCUGGCGCUGCUGGCGAAGCAUCAGGGGAAUCUGGAGGCGGUCGCCCUCACCGUGCAGAUCUACCUGCAGACGAACCACGUCGACCUGGCGCUGAAGGAAGUGUCUGCCGCGAAGCGCUGGGCGCAAGACUCGCUGCUGUUCAACCUGGCCGAAUCGUGGGUGGGGAUGCGAGUGGGCGGCGAAAAAUACCAAUCCGCCUUCUACGUCUACGAAGAACUAGCCUCGAACCCCAACACCGCCGCCCCGCUGUCCAUCGUCGGCCAGGCCGUCGCAGAGCUGCACCUGGGCCGGCUACCCGAGGCCGAGGCCGCGCUGUCCGCCGCUAUACAGAAAUACCCCGACGACGCGCAGCUGAUUGCCAAUACGAUUGUGCUGAAUGUGCUGAGUGGGAAGGAUCGGGAGGGGACGGAGUUGAUUAAUCGUCUGCGUUCCGUCCAGCCUGAUCAUGCCCUCCUCACUGACCUCGAGGAGAAGAGCGCCUUUUUCGAUGCUGCGGCUGCCAAGUAUUCGCCGAAAGUGGCGUCGUAG